AUGAACCGAGAAGUGGCCUCUUCGGAAAAGCUUUCCUCCGGCGAAACCGCCUACGGGGAAACGAAGUAUCUCUGGAUGAACGUCAAAGUCUUGUCGAUUAUCGUUGGAUACUGCAUCAUCGGCUCGCAACUCUCCGUGGUGAACAAACUCGCCGUGUCGGAUUUGAAGCUCCCGAAUACAAUUUUAAUACUUCAGUUCGUCUCCUGCGUGUGUUUAUUAGGCGGAGCGCACGCGAUGAACGUCAUACAAAUAUCCAACAUCAAUCGCGAGACUGUUCUUGGGUUUAUACCUUUAUCCAUCGCGUUUUUUGGUUUACUGAGCGCCGGGAUGUGGGUGAUGAAAGAAGCGCCGUUGGAGACGUUCAUCGCGUUCAAGUCGACGACGCCUAUUUGCUUUUCGAUGAUCGAUUAUAUAUUUUUAGGAAGAGCGUUACCGAGAGCGAAAUCAAUCAUGAGUAUGGUUGGUAUUACUUUAGGUGCUAUUUAUUACGUCCACGGAGACGUUUUGUCCAACGCCGCAUCGUACGGAUUGUGCGUCGUUUUUAUCGUCUUCGCGUGUUUGGAAGGUUCCAUCGCCAAGGACACCAUCAACCGCUACAAGAUGAACAGUUGGUCGAGAACAUUUUUGAUGAAUUUGAUAAGCAUACCGAUAUCGUUUAUGUUGGCAUUGUUUACGGGGGAGUUAUCGCACGCUGGUAAUUUGGAAGAUGUGCACGGAGACGCUUUAGAGUUUACCAACAGAGCGGUGUUGGCUUUGGGUUGUUCGUGCGUGUUUGGCGUCGGGAUGGGCGUCUUUACCAUGCUCAUCAGAGACGCGUUGAGCGCGACAUCGGUGUCCGUCGUGGCUACUUGUAACAAGUUUUUGAGCGAAAUUGUAAAUUAUUUCAUAUGGAACAACCACGCGUCUUUAGACGGUGCCGGAGCGGUGUUUUUUAUCAUUUUCUGCGGCGCGUUUUACGAACAGUCGCCGUUGCGGAAAGGGGAGAUUGGUUUUUCCAAAAAGAGCGCGUGUCCGUGUUUGCCGAGGCACGUGGUCAACGCGAUGUUCAAUCUCGUCGGUAUGGGGACCGUUAGUACCGGAGACGUUGGAGUUGACGACAGAGACGCAGAGUUAGCGAAUAAAAACGCGAAUUAA